AAAAUAUAUACAAAGAGCCUAAGUGAAUAAAACUCGAGGACACUUUUCUUAUUAGUAAUUGACAAGGAGCUUUGUGUUUUUCAUCUAUAUGUAUAUUUUCAGUUUUAUGAUCUGAAACCAAACCAUAAAUUAUGGAUCCCAAUGCUUCUCUUUCUUCGUUUUGCAAUUUGAUUUAAGAAAAUUAAUAUCAGUAAGGGGUUCUACAACUAAAUCUAAUUAGAGACACUAAUCUAAGGGUAAUUAAGGUUUAGUAGGAGUCUAGGAGAUAUGGAGACCUAAUUUGCAAAUACUUCAUUUGCAUAAAUGACUAAUUAUUUAAUAUUGGGAGAAGGCAUAGAAACACAGGUACAACUGCAAACUCUUUCUCGUCCUUCUUUUCACUAUUUUGAUAAAAUUACAACUGCAAACAAAGAACUAAGCUCGAGUACACAAAAGGUUAAUGAAGAGAGACAAUUUGAUCAAGCGAUUCCCAGAAGGAAAAUAAUUAAAAGAAGAGAUGGGAGAUCAUAGAGUUCGGAGCCUAAAGGGCAAAUUUUUUCAGUCAAAAUUUCAAAAAGACACAUCAAAAUGGAAAACUUCCAAAACGGACAAGGUAAGUGUUAGUCCACUUUAGUCCACAUCAUAAGUGUAAGGUAAGAUGGUAAGUUUUCUUUAUAAGGUAAAUAGAGUUUCUUACCUUAUCUAUUAUCUAUUUGCCAGGCUUCGGGAAAGUGCAAGGUAUUACAAGGUAAGUGGAAUUGUUAACCUUGUAAGGUAAGAUCUCAUGUUCACCUUGUAAGGUAAGAUUUCAUGUUUACCUUGUAAUAACUUCGAAAUUCUCGGUUUUAUAUAAAGAGUGUGAGUGUAGGUUUAUUGUUGAAUUUCAUAACUCAAAAUAUUUGUUGAACCUUAUUCAUUUGUUACUUUAAAAUGGAUAAGGUAAAAGUAAAUUUACAUUGAGAUGGUGAAGUUUUGCAUGAUGGGGAUUCAGUGCGAUAUAGUCGGCAUCCAAUCAUUUCCUUUAUCUCUCAAAUAUGAUCGUUUGAAAAGGUUGUUUAGGAGUAAAAUGGGCAUUACUAAUUCGGAAGAUGACAUGGUUAUUUCUGGAUGAUAUCCGAAUUAUUUUACGUCCAACGGAUAACCAAUAUUUGGUGAAACUCCUAUUUGAAAUGAUGAUUCUUUAUCUUUAUUUCUUCGCACCGUUGAAAUCUUUGGUAAUCGCCUUAAUCUACAGACGUUUGACAUGUAUGCAUGUGUGGAACAUUCCCCUAUUGUUGAAGAACCCACGGAUAAUAAAUUUGAUCUUCGAAUUUAAUGAUUGUAGAUUUACACUCACUCAACUCACAGAAAUUGUGAACAACAACGACGACAUACAAGGGGAGUUGGAUAGUGAUGAACCUUUACAAUAUGAAUCGUCAGAUGAUGAUCAAUCUUCUGAUGAUGAAGAUGAUAAUAAUGAUGAAAAUGUUAAUGGAGAGUCUACACUCGUUGGUGUCUAUACUGGCAAUCAUUCUUUCAUAGCAGUUUCAUAUUUGGAUCAUACUGAAGAAAGUCCAGAAGAAUUAAGGUGCAUGGUCAAUGAAGAUUAUUUUCGGACUCCACUUUGAAAUUAAAAUAAUCCUGAACAUAUUAAGUCGGGUUGGUAUUUUAAUACAUAAACUAGUAAA